AUGGUUUCUGAGUCAUGUUGGUUGCGAAAUUUUCUUCUGGAACAUCAUUGUCGUAUGCAACAAGCUACAUUGGUGUAUUAUGAUAAUAUACUUAAGAUUUUCCUUGUUCUUAUUCUGAUUGCUGAUAUCAAAUAUCAGUCUAUCUUCAGGUGGGGGUUGUUGAUGGUUAAGAUUUUCUUUGUUCUUAUUCUGAUUGUUGGUACUGUUGCUUGUCCAUGCUAUACUAGAUGGAUCAAUCACGGGGAAUGGGAUAUCAAGUUGAAUGUUGAUGAUGAUAUGGUUUACUCGUGUGAUGAUAUUGAUGGGUUGUUGAAUGAUCAAUUUAGAGAUGUUGCACAGGCUGGAGGAGUUUAUGAUUGUCCAAAAGAAGAUGCCAAGAAAUUCUAUAGCUUACUUGAAGAGGAAAACCAAGAAUUAUUUUCUGGUUGUAUAGGUUUCUCUAAAUUAUCAUUCACACUUCGCUUAUAUUUGUUGAAGUUUUUACAUGGAUGGAGCAAUGAAUCAUUCACUUCUCUUCUAGAGUUAUUAAAAGAGGCGAUGUCCGAGUUGAACAUUCCUCAAUCUUACAAUAAAACCAAGUCUAUGGUUAAGAAUCUUGGUCUGGAUUAUGAUAAAAUUGAUGCAUGUCCAAAUGAUUGCAUGUUGUUCAGGAAUGAUCAUAAGGAUGACAAAUUUUGUCAUAAUUGUAGAGCUUCACGAUAUAUUCAAGCUCCUAAAGUUGAUAGUGAGCUUGAGUCUUCAAAAAAACAACAUCGAGUUUCUGCAAAGACUUUGAGACACUUUCCAUUAAUUCCUAGACUCAAAAGGCUAUUUAUGUGCUCAAAGACGGCAGAUUCUUUGAGGUGGCAUGAAGAGGAACGUUCUAAAGAUGGAAAGUUAAGGCAUCCCGCUGAUGGUCUAGCAUGGAAAGACUUUGAUAGGGUGCAUCCAGAUUUCGCACAAGAUUGUCGCAAUGUGAGACUUGGCUUGUCAAGUGAUGGAUUCAAUCCAUUUCGUACCAUGAAUGCUUCCAGAAAUGAAACUUUUCAAAUGCGGGUAACUCUUAUGUGGACAAUGAGUGAUUUUCCUGCAUAUGUUAUGUUAUCUGGUUGGAGUACAAAAGGAAAGUUUGCUUACCCUUGGUGUAACUAUGGCACUAAUUCUCGCUAUCUUAAACAUAGUCAGAAAAUGUUCUAUAUGGAUCAUCGUGUUUUUCUACCGAUGGAUCAUCCAUGGAGAUCAAACAAAAGAUCAUUCAAUGGAAAAACUGAAUUUAGGCCUCCUCCAGCUCCUUUAAAGGGAAUUGAUGUUCUUAAUAUCUUACGUGAUUUUGAAAAUGUGUUUGGGAAGAAGAAAAAGAGAUCAUAUGAUGGCCCAUGGAAAAAAAGGUCAAAUUUUUUUGAAUUACCUUACUUGAAACACAACUUGUUACGUCACAACCUUGAUGUAAUGCACAUAGAGAAGAACAUAGUUGAUAGCAUACUUGGAACUCUUUUGGAUAUUUCAGGAAAAACAAAAGAUCAUGCAAAAGCACGGUAUUAUUUAAAAGAUAUGGGAAUUAGGAAGAACCUUCAUCCACAAGAUACAGAAGAUAGUAAGAGAACAAAGUUUACAAAGGCAUGCUUCUCAAUGACAAAUGGAGAGAAAUCCAUCUUUUGUGGAGUUUUAAAGACAGCUAAGCUACCUGAUGGUAGUGCCUCCAAUAUAUCUAGGUGUGUGCACUUGGAUGAAAGAAAGGUGUCUAAUUAUAAAACCCAUGAUGCUCCUUUUAUGUUACAUUACUUGCUUCCAAUACCAAUUAAAAGCAUUCUUCCUGAUCAUGUGGCUAUUCCUUUGAUUCGUCUAAGUUCCUUCUUCCAUCGUUUGUGA